AUGGGCUACAUUGCACCAGAACUAUACUCUAGGAACUUUGGAGGGAUAUCCUACAAGUCAGAUGUUUACAGUUUUGGCAUGCUGGUGUUAGAAAUGGUGAGUGGGAGGAGGAACACAGACCCAAGUAUUGGGAUCCAGAACCAGGUAUAUCUCCCAGAGUGGAUCUAUGAGAAAGUAAUGACUGGAGAGGAAUUGGUGCUUACUUUGGAAGUGACAGCAGAAGAGCAAGAAAAGACAAGACAGCUGGCUAUUGUGGCACUUUGGUGUAUUCAGUGGAACCCAAGAAACCGGCAAUCGAUGACAAAGGUGGUAAACAUGUUAUUGGGAAGUUUGCAGGAUCUGCAGAUGCCCCUUUGUCCCAUCUGA